AGAGCGCUGGGAGCCGGAGGGGAGCGCAGCGGUGCAUAGCGUAAUGUCCAUGUUGUUCUACACUCUGAUCACAGCUCUUUUGAUCGGCAUACAGGCAGAACCAUACACAGAGAGCGAUGUCCCAGCAGGACACACCGUGCCCCAAGCCCACUGGACUAAGCUUCAGCACUCGCUCGACACAGCUCUCCGCGGAGCCCGCAGCACGCCUGCGGGGGCGAUAGCGGCCCGGGUGGCAGGGCAGGACCGCAACAUCACCGUGGACCCCAGGCUGUUCAAGAAGCGGCGGCUCCGCUCACCCCGCGUGCUGUUCAGCACGCAGCCCCCGCCCGAGGCCGCGGACGCCCAGGACCUGGACGCGGAGGUCGGCGGCGCCGCCCGCUUCAACAGGACUCACAGGAGCAAGCGGUCCACGACCCACCCCGUCUUCCACAGGGGGGAGUUCUCCGUGUGCGACAGCGUCAGCGUGUGGGUCGGGGACAAGACCACCGCCACGGACAUCAAGGGCAAGGAGGUGAUGGUGCUGGGAGAGGUGAACAUUAACAACAGUGUGUUCAAACAGUACUUUUUUGAGACCAAGUGCCGGGACCCCACUCCCGUGGACAGCGGGUGCCGGGGCAUUGACUCCAAGCACUGGAACUCGUACUGCACCACGACUCACACCUUCGUCAAGGCGCUGACCAUGGACGGCAAGCAGGCCGCCUGGCGGUUCAUCAGGAUCGACACGGCCUGCGUGUGCGUGCUCAGCAGGAAGGCCGGGAGGAGAGCCUGACCUGCCGCCGCCCCUGCCCCCGCCGCACCCUCCUGGGCCCCUCCCUACCUCAACCUGUAAAUUAUUUUAAAUUAUAAGGACUGCAUGGUAAUUUAUAGUUUAUACAGUUUUAAAGAAAGCAUUAUUUAUUAAAUUUUUGGAAUCAUCCUGUGCGCCAGUACUCAAGUCCUUUUCUUCAGUAAGGCCAUCAGCAGGUUUUGGGAAGAUGUGGGGUGAAUUGUCGGCAGCCAGCCCUAGCUACCUCUAGGGCCUCCCCUGGAACCUCACUCCAGUCCGCUAGGACUGCAGUUCAGGGAAGGCUGACGGGGUUCAGGUAUUAGCCUGAGCCGGCAUGAUUGGGAAGGGAGGGCUACCGGAUUGCAAGUGUGUUCUGCAUUCCGGAGCCAAAGCUACCUAAUCCUUGGAUUACUCGCCCCACAGCGGGGACCCACGAGCCUGAUUGCUUCACUUGGGGAAGUUAGUGGAGCUUCAUCAGAUCACCACUGGGCUUGGGGCUGCCCCGGGCAGCAGAGAGGCCCAGGCUUGGUCCUGCAGGGACUCACUAGAUAGACAGGAGGAGGUUUGCACCAAAGACCUGUGAGGCUGCCUAUUUUUAGAGGGAGAUCUGCUGUCUGGAAGAGCUGUAACAGAAUAAUCUCAUGAGGCUGUCACGGUAGAUCUGAUUUCAUGUUAAGAUUGCCUUCGUACUAAUGGCUGCCCCCCAGUUUAUCCCUCAGUGGCUUCCUGCAGAAAGACUUCAUUACCCCAAGAAAACAUUAGGGCCUCUGACACUCUUGCCACCCACUGACAGCCGUAGCAGCGACUUCCAGUGGCCCCAGCGUUGGCCCCAACAGCCAGGGAAGGCAGAGACCUGUUGGGAAAGAGCUUCUGACAACUUUUUGAUUCUUAACUGGUUGAUUUCCAAAGGCCAUGGGACCUGUAGAGAAGAGGUGGGGGAGGAAGGCUAAGGCGAAUGGAGUGAGACCGUCACAAUGAACGGGAAGAUGCGGCCCAGCCGGGAGGGAGCAGUGGCUUUCUGUUCCUCCCUGGCAGGGGAGAUGGAGCAGGGGACAGAGAGAGAGCAGAGGGCUGCAGGGAAGGGGAGGGGAGGGCGCAGCAGGAGGAGGAAGGUGUGUCCUCUCUCCUUCACAGGCAUGCCCCUGCCUCCAGCAAUGUCACCAUCCUGGGCAGUGUUUGUGGGGUUUUUAGAUGUGCUCAUCACCACUGACUGUAUCAAGAGCAUCUUAGAGAGAGGUGAAGGUAACAGAGAGACCGCCAGGUUCAGCCUGGAGCAGGACUCCACCCAGCCUCACAUGCCACCUUCCCCUGCAACUUUCAUUUGGUAUUUUCCCUGAAACCACAUUUUUCCCCCCAGACAGAGCACUUAUAUUUGACACAGACAUUUUACUCUCCCAUCCAUCCCUUCUCCCCUCCAAGGAUGAAAUGCCUACUCUGGUGUUCAAGAGAACAGGACCAAAUUGUCCAUCCGAGAAAUAAGCAAACGGUCGUAUUCUUUCCCUCUGCAAGGCUCGCUGUCUGCCCCACCCCCACCCCAUCCAAAUAGGGCAAAUUAGAAACGUAGGGAGCUUUGGCACGAGAGCCAUUUGAUCAGGGUAAAAGCAUGAUGAAAUGUGCUCUGUUUUUUCUAUCAAAGCUACUGCAAUUGGAAUAAAGAUUUAUGUUCAAGAAACACCAACCAGAACAUUCUGUGCUGAGAUAGUUGGUGAGAUAAAGGCCUGGGGAGGGAGCCCUCCCACUGACCUGGCUUUGUGGCUUUUUACUGGCCUCCAAUGCCAGUGGCCUCGGUCAUUUCGGGCCCCACUACAAACAGUUCCUGGGGGGAAGGGAGGGCUUUCUCUUAGGGCUGGACAGGCCUGCAGGUCCCGGAUUUGGGGAGACAGGAGUGGAGAGGGAGGCAUGCAGGAGGCUCCCAUCGGAAGGGUUUGUUUGUGAGCAGCUACACUAGCAAAGAGAGUCCUGGAGAGCUGCUCCCGGCACUGCCAGACACUUGGGACAUUGAAAAAACGUCUUUGGUUCCCAUGGGCUGCCUGAAGGGAAGACCCUCUGUGGGGGGAGGGGAGACGCUCUGAGGGAGGACUCAGGCCAAGGCCUCCUCAUCUCCUCCUCCCCAUAGGUAAGAGGAGGGCCUCCCCAUCCCAGGAAGACCACCUGCCUUCCCAAAGGCACAAUCCGCUCUAGGCCGAAACUCCGGAGCCCCAGCGUGGGAGACAAUGUUUUCACUCAAUACGAGGGGAUAUCAGUUUGGCCCAACAGCCUUGGAGCCGUCCAAAAACAACCCGAGCGCAGUGGUUUCCGCAGCCUGGGCUCUGCUCCCACUCUUGGGGAGAGC